UUUUCAUUUUUUAUUUUAUUAAUGUCACAGCCUUCAGAUAACCCUAUAUUUGAACACCGUAGAGCACACUUAUACGUCGGAAACUUAAGUCCACGUGUAACUGAGUACAUGUUGACAGAGAUUUUCGCUGUCGCUGGUCACGUACAAUCCGUAAAAAUAAUCCCAGAUAGAAACUUCAGUCACGGUGGUUUAAAUUACGGUUUCGUUGAGUACACUGAUAUGAGAGCUGCUGAGACCGCUUUGCAAACUUUGAACGGUAGAAAAAUCUUUGAUACCGAAAUUAGAGUAAACUGGGCUUAUCAAGGCAACAACAAGCAGGAAGAUACUACAAACCAUUUCCAUGUCUUCGUUGGUGAUCUCUCUCCAGAGGUCAAUGAUGAAAUCCUCUCAAAAGCGUUCUCUGGUUUCAAAUCUAUCUCAGAUGCAAGAGUCAUGUGGGAUAUGAACACCGGUAAAUCACGUGGAUACGGUUUCUUAUCAUUUAGAGAAAAAACCGACGCUGAACAAGCUAUUUCAACUAUGAACGGCGAGUGGUUAGGUUCACGCGCAAUCAGAGUAAACUGGGCAAACCAAAAGACUCAAACUGGUUCACACAGAUUGAACGAUUUGAUGCCAACUAUGAACGCAUUCAAUGGUCCAUUGUCUUACGAAGCUGUCUUCCAACAAACUCCUGCUUACAACACCACUGUAUAUAUUGGAAAUCUUACUCCUUACACUACACAAGCUGACUUGGUUCCAAUCUUCCAAGCUUUCGGUUACAUUAUUGAAGUACGUAUGCAAGCUGACAGAGGUUUCGCAUUUGUAAAGUUAGACUCACAUGAAAAUGCAUCAAUGGCAAUCGUUCAACUUCAAGGUACCUUGAUUCAAGGCAGACCAAUAAAGUGUUCUUGGGGUAGAGAUAGAACAGCUAACGCUAAUAAUGUUAUGCAACAACAGAACGCACAAGCAGCAGCUGCUGCCGCUGCCGCUGCAGCUGCGGGUGGACCAGUUGAUCCAAGUCAAUUCAAUGGCGCAUACGGUCAAUUGCCUUUGUACAACUUGCCACAAGUUCAACCAUACGGCGCUCAAUUCGGUUAUCCACCACAGGCUAACCCAGCAGCAGCAGGUGUUGCAAUGCCAGGCAUUGAUCCAAACCAAUGGAGUCAAUACUUUGCUGCACAACAAGCAGCUGCCGCAGCUCAAUUAGGUCAACAACCACCACCACCACCAAAUGCUCAAGGUGCUCCUUCUCCAUACGCCGCAUACGCAAUUCCUUCAAACGCUCCACAGCAAGCUGAUCAAAUACCUCAAUAGACGUAUAAAAAUGAACUUACUACUUAAUCAAAAUGGACGAUUAGAAAAAUCAAUACAAUUUGCGAGUUUCUCUCAUAUCUAUCUUCCCUUUUUUUGUCAUUUUGACUAAUAGUUAUUGUUUUGGGGUGUUGCUAUCUGUCUCAUUUUAUCUCAAAAAUUUUCACUUUAUUUUCACUUUACACUUUUCACUUUUUUGUUAAAAUUUCAAUAUACAUAAAUUAAA